UGUUAGGUCAUAAAAAGCUGGAGAUCAGUCGCUCAGUACCAUCAACGGUGACGUAGAAAGAUGAAGCUCCCUUGUGUCCUGGUGCUGUUGACUGUGUGUAGAUCGGCCACAGGAAGUAUUGCAGAGAUGAAGAGGCUGUACAGCGACCUGUUUGGAAACUACAGCACCAGAUACAGACCCGUGUACAACCAGAGUCACCAUAUUGACGUUUACAGUAGUUUCACCCUGGUUGCCAUAACUGAAGUAGAUCAGGUUCGGCAGAUCCUCCACAGCAACGUCUGGAUGAAUCUGACAUGGCGGGACGAGUUUUUAACCUGGAAGCCUGAGAAUUAUAACGGAAUUAGGUUCAUUCAUCCUCCACCGACUGACAUUUGGAGACCGAAACUCAUUGCACCAGUGUCCCUGGAGGGUCGGGACAUCUUCAAAGACGCCGUAUCCGCCAUCACAGUUUCCAGCGACGGCACAACAUCUUGGUUUCCAGGGACAAACUUACUUACUGAUUGUAAGUUAGAUCUGACGUUAUUUCCAUUUGAUGUUCAGACAUGCGAGUUCCGAUUUCUCCCCGUCAGCUAUGAUUCAAAAGAGGUAAAGAUGAUCUCAGCGUUGCAGACCGCAAACACCCAAUCGUUUACAGCCAACGGAGAAUGGAUUCUUCCUAGUUCCAGAGCAUACACACUUGAAAAUCGCUUCGACGAUUUGAACUUAUCCUUCUUUAACGUUGAGAUUGACCUUGAGCGGCGUCCUACGUUCUUUGUCCUCAAUGUCUUACUCCCUGUGGUGGGACUUUCUUUCCUCAACAUGUUUGUGUUUGCACUUCCGUGUGACAGUGGCGAGAAGGUUUCGUAUGCCAUCACGUGCCUUCUCUCUCUAACUGUAUUCAUGAGCAUCGUGAGUGGACUACUUCCCAAAACGUCCGACAAUAUCCCGCUGGUCACCGUGUACAUGACAAGUCUCCUCGUUAUCAGCGUUCUGUCCGUUGUCGCCACCAUCUUCAUCGUCAUGAGAGAACCUACGAAGAUCAACAAAAAGCCACAGUCGACAUUGUUUGUGAUACCGCGUUUUUGGUCGCUAUCAUUUCGUGGAAGUAAAUGCAAGGUUAUGGAGGAGACCCAUCAGGAAAUGAAUACCGGUGGUUUGGCUAACCGGAACCCCACUGGGGAGGUGAAGGAAAGUCGGGGUGGUUCUGGUGGGUAUCACAUAACAACUGACUCUCUGUGUAUGGUUAUAUUCAUGGCUCUUUGGUUGUCUGUUUCCAUGGGAUUCCUCAUCAACAUAGCACGAUAAAGUAAUUAUGCUAAUGUAAAAUCUCUUCUGCAACCCGAAUUAUACACAGCAGUACUCAGAGGCAAACGAUUAGUUAGAGCAAUGUGUAAAUUUGGAAUAUCACUUCACAACUUUCGAGUCAACAUUAUUCGCAAAAGGUCAUUGUUAAAUAUACCUCAUUCAUAAUCUAUAUGUAAAGAAUGUGAGUUAAAUUUAGUAGAGGAUGAAAACCAUGUCUUUUUUGUAUGUACGAAAUAUAUUCAUUUGAGAAAUACUUUUUUUUACCUCACUACAGAAAUAUUAUAUAGGCAAUAUUACGUUUACAAAUUUAUUUAAAUCAUGUGAUAUUACAGUACUACGCUUGACAGCUUUAUAUUUAUGUAAAUUAUUUAAAAUGAGAUUGACAGAGAUGUAACAAUCUGGACAUGUGACCUAAUUGAAUUGUCAAAGUAAAUGCCUUCAUGAAACUCCGUCAGUGUGUUAACUCUUCAACUACAUGUAACUGUUGUACUGAAUUAUCAUUCAAGUGUAUUCUGGUGGAUCAUCACACUGCUUCUGGUCAUGUCUACAUUUUUUGGAAGGAGGCGAUACACACACUUGCAGCGAAAAAGAAACUGUUCAACUGAUUCAAAGCUGAGAGUUCCUCAGUCGUUAUGGAUACUUCUUCGAGUUCGUGCACGUCUAUGUAACUAUAUAUGACGUUUAUAUUGUAUUCAGAGGCGAAUGUAAACAUUAACUGAACAUUAACUGAGGCCUUUCAAAUGUAAGAGAGUUACACAAAAGUCAAUCGUCUAGAAUUGUUCUGCAUAUAAAGAGAAGAGGAUUUUAUUUAUUUUGUUCAUCUCUUGGAUUUGAUGAUUGUAAGCGCGUGACAGUCAUUGGCCUUGGAGAAUCAAUAAUUGAUAACUUUCCGUAUCUUAUAACACACUUCGCACAGCUUAGUUUAGCAUUUUCUACAUGUUGUAUAAUCGGAGUUGAAAUGGAUUGUUUUUAAAACAAGAUGAAUGUUUCUGUCGUCGCUAUUGAACAACCAAUAAUUGGGCUACUCUCGGACAUGUUUUUAUAGUGAUUACAUCUGAGGCAAGGAGACAAAAUGCGGGAAGAAGUCCGUUAUGUUUGUAUUAUAUACCAUAUUGGCCGGUUCUUCCUUCUUCUUCAGUUGAAUUUCGCCAGAUCAGGAACAUCGUGAGUAAGUGAGUUUGGUUUAACGCGGCUUUUAACAGUAUUCCAGUUAUAUGACGGCGUGUCAGCUUAAUGUGAGAGGAAAGCCCGAAGUGAUGCAGGUCUCAGACGAUUACCACUUCGGUGAAACCCACGAGCACGGGUAUGGUGCUGACAAACCUAGAAACAUAAUCGAACCGGGAUUCGAACCCAUAAUCACAGGUUUCUGGCGUGCCCAAGGGACUCGGGAACAUAGGAUUCUAUAAAUAAUAUCAUAAUUCGUUGCAUGUAUCGUAUUAACAUUUGGAAUGGCGUGUC